AUGUCUGACGGGGUCUCGACGAGGAAACUUGGUCAACUGCCGGCUGAAAUGCUGGAUUUCACGCUCCUCAAGACGUCAGGCUCGCUUGCGCCGCGACUUGGCCGCCUGUCGUUCCCGGGACGCAAGAGUAUCCUUACACCCGCCUUUAUUGGCAACACAUCCAGAGGCGUCAUCCCCCAUGUAUCGCAGGACAACUUCCGACGGAGCGCCGAUGUUGGCGGAGUUUACGUCGCGCUCGAGGACUUCGUUGAGAAGCGCCCGCACAAGACUCCGCCAGUCUUCAAGUAUGACGUGCCUGAGCCGUUGCGCAAGUUCAUCGCCCUCUCCGAAGACACACUCCUCGUCCUGGGUGCACGUCGCAAUCCGCCCAUAGCCAGCCCUCACGGAAAUACAGACACCGAGAUACGCCUCCUGACGUCGGUCGGCUUCACGACUCUUAGCUCCGAGUACUAUGCCGCCGCCGCACGCAAGCUGCAACCAGACAUCGUCGUGGGAUUGGGUGACAUACCAGUCGGGCAGGAGGCCAUCAGUCUCAAGCGGAAAGACCGGAUGAGCGACAGGACCGAGGUGUGGCUGCGUGACAUGGUAGCCAAGCAGGGCACCAUCGACGAGGGCGAGAAAGCAUGGAGCAUCUUUGCGCCCAUCCUGCCCAUCGAGCGCGACCUACAGUCAUGGUAUCUGGAUCACCUGCUAGACGAUAUGGUGGACAAGAUCAGCGGCCUCGCCAUCUACGACGCCUAUCUACUCGAUGAACUACCCGGCCAGCUCCAUCACCUCCCACGACUAUCCUUCCACCUCCCUGCCAGCCCACAGGAGCUUCUCCGCCAUGUGCGCAUGGGCGUGGACGUCUUCACCGUGCCCUUCCUCGCCGACGCGACCGACGCGGGUAUCGUCCUCGACUUCACCUUCCCAGCGCCUGUCGGAGACGGCAAUACAAGCGUGCGCCGCUCUCUGGGCAUCGACAUGUGGAGCGGUGAGCAUGCUUUGUCCGUUACCCCGCUAUCCGAAGGCUGCACAUGCUACGCGUGCACAAAGCAUCAUCGCGCCUUCCUCCAGCACCUGCUUGCUGCCAAGGAAAUGCUGGGCUGGGUACUCAUUCAGCUACACAACCACGCCAUUCUCUCGGCCUUCUUCGCCGGCAUUCGCGCCUCCAUCGAAGCGGGUACCUUCGACGCCGACAUGGCCGCUUUCGAGGCCUAUUACGAGCCUACGCUUCCCGAAAAGUCUGGUCAAGGACCGCGAGUUAGAGGAUACCAGUUCAAGAGCGAGUCGCAUGAUCCGCAUAGGGAGAAGAAGAACCCCAAGGCUUUCAAGAAAUACAACGAAGAGACAAUCGUGAAGCUGAAGGCAGCUCGUAGCCAACAAACAGAAAAGAGGCCAGCAAUGACAGACGUUGUCGACGACGAGGCUCUGCUGGGCUUGGUUCAAUUGGACGAGUAUGUUGUGGACGCGGAUCCGGAUACGCAUAUGAAAGACUUGAAGGUCAAAUAG